CCUCUCGACCGGCCACACAGCUGCCGCCCAGGACACAGCGGCCCUGUCCCACGCCCUGCGUGCCGCCCCGCCCCAGCUGGACCAUGGGGGGCCCCCUGCGCCUUCCAGGGCUGCUGUGUGUCCUGCUGAGUCUCUCCAGAGCUGGAGCCCAGGGCUCUCAGGCCUGUAACCCCCGGUGCCCUCUGAACUCGGAAUGUGUCAAUGCCACCGCCUGUCGCUGCAAGCCGGGGUUUGCCUCUUCAUCUACAGAGAUCUUCACUGACCCCCUGGAGAUCUGUGAUGACAUCAAUGAAUGUGUGCCACCCAUGAAAGUGUCCUGUGGAAAACUUGCUGACUGCCAGAAUGUGGAGGGGAGCUACUACUGCACGUGCAGCCCGGGCUAUGAGCUCCGUUCUGGGGGAACAAACUUCACUAAUGAGAGUGAGAACACAUGUCAAGCGGCUGCCCGGACGAGCCCUGCCCCUUCUGGGGACCAUAGGGGCUCAGCCACACCUGGAACACACUCGGGCCCCCAAGCCACGAUGGACCCAGGGACCCAGUCGGGAAAUUCAGGAGGAAGGAGACUCGAGGACGUGGACGAAUGUAAGCAGAACCCCAGAAUCUGCAAGGGCCGCAGCAUCUGCACCAACACUCAGGGCAGCUACACCUGCCAGUGUCUGCCUGGCUUUGAGCUGAACCCAGAGGACCCGAAGCUGUGCACAGAUGUGAAUGAAUGCACCUCUGGACAAAACCCGUGCCACAAAUCCGCCCACUGCCUCAACCAAGUGGGCGGCUACCAGUGCCGCUGCCGACCCGGCUGGAAGCCGGUCCCUGGAUCCCCCAACGGCCCCAACAGCACCGUGUGCGAAGAUGUGGACGAGUGCAGCUCCGGGCAGCAUCAGUGCCACCAGUCCACCAUCUGCACCAACACCCUGGGGUCGUACCAGUGCCACUGCCGCCCAGGCUGGGAGCUGAUUCCUGGGAGCGUCAAUGGCCGGAACAGCACCAUCUGCAAAGCAGUCAAGCCCUUCUUCACCUGGCCUCUGCCCCCUGGAGUCCACAGCCAGAGUCUCUCCCGCUUCUUUGACAAAGUCAACAAUCUGCACAGGGAUUUCAAGCCAGUCGCGGCCACCGACACCAUCCAGAACCUCAUUGGGGCCAUGGACGAGCUGCUGAAAGCCCCUGGGGAUGUGGAGGACAUUGCCCUGCCUGUCCGGCACCAGGUGGCCACGCAGUUGCUCCUGGGCCUGGAGCAAUCUCUGAGGACCCUGGCGGAGUCUCUGCCUGAAGGCCCCUUCACCUACCGUUCCCCCUCAGACACAGAGCUGUCCCUGAUGAACCAGAAGCCAGGGAAUGGAAAUGUCACUUUGGGCCAGAGCCACGCACGGAUCCACCUAGACUGGGCCACAGCAACUGGAGCCGGGAACUCCAGCACAGGCACCACUGUGGUGGGCAUCCUGUCCAACCCGAACAUGGGGAAGCUGCUGGUCAACGCCUCCCUGGUUCUGGACCCCGAGAAGGAAGAGGAGGUGCAGAAGGCCCACGAAGGCCCCUUCCGGGGCGCGCGCAUCCAGAUCCUCUCGCCUGUCAACUCCGUCUUUCUGACCAACAACGACACUGAGAAGCUCGCCUCCCCUGUGACCUUCGCCUUCUCCCACGAUGGGGAGAUAUCCGGGAAGCGUAGAGAGGUGAUCUGUGCCUUCUGGAAGAUUGACAGUAACAAGAGUGGACACUGGGAUACCACCGGCUGCUGGAAGCUGGGCAGCGGGGAUAACACCACCACCUGCCAAUGCAACCACUUGAGUAGCUUUGCCAUCCUCAUGGCCCACUACGACAUACAGGACUGGAAGCUGGAGCUGAUCACCAAGGUGGGACUGUCGCUGUCGCUCGUCUGCCUUCUGCUGUGCAUCCUCACCUUCCUGCUGGUGCGGCCCAUCCAGAGCUCUCGCACCACCGUGCACCUGCACCUCUGCGUCUGCCUGUUCGUGGGCUCCGCCAUCUUCCUGGCGGGCAUCGAAAAGGAAACCCCAGACGGCGAGGCGGGGCCGCGCUGCCGCCUGGUGGCCGGGCUGCUGCACUACUGCUUCCUGGCCGCCUUCUGUUGGAUGAGCCUCGAGGGCCUGGUGCUGUACUUCCUCGUGGUGCGCGUGUUCCAUGGCCAGGGCCUGAGCACACGCUGGCUCUGCCUGAUCGGCUACGGCGUGCCCCUGCUCAUCGUGGCCAUCUCGGCGGCCACCGCGGCGGCCACCGCCAGCGAGGGCUACGUCGGCGAGACCUACUGCUGGUUGAGCAAAAAGCAUGGGUUUUUCUGGAGCUUCGUAGGACCCCUGGCCUUCAUCAUUUUGUGCAAUGCUGUGAUCUUCGUGAUUACCGUCUGGAGGCUCACUCAGAAGUUUUCUGAAAUCAACCCAGACCUGAAGAAAUUACGGAAGGCACGGGUGCUGACUGUCACAGCCAUUGCCCAGCUCUUUGUGUUGGGCUGCACCUGGGUCUUUGGCUUGUUCCUCUUUGAACCCUACAGCACGGUGCUGACCUACAUCUUCACCAUCCUCAACUGCCUGCAGGGACUUUUCCUCUAUGUCCUGCUCUGCCUUCUCAACAAGAAGGUGAGGGAAGAGUACCGCAAGUGGGCCUGCAUGGUUGCUGGGAGCAAGUACUCAGAGUUUGCCUCUUCCACAACUGGCACCAGCCACAAUCAGACUCGGGAGCUCAGGCCAUCGGAGUCUGGUAUGUAAAGGCAAGGAUCACGCCAAGCCAGUGACUCCUGCACGUGCUGAAGGCUACCCUCCUGCCGCUGUCCUCCCACCUUGGGCCCCAUUGCAGUACAGCAGGCCACAGCUCUAGUCUCACACUCAACCCCAGAACAGGGGGGAGCUGCCACCGGUCCUGCUUCUGACCAUCUCUGUGCCCCAUGAAAGCUGUGGGGACAGAAACUGGCCCAGGGUUGCAACCCACUGCUCUAGCACAUACUGCCAGUCCUGAGGACAGACUGCAGACCCUGGUGCCCUUUACCCUCAGCUCUUUGCCACAGAACAGAAGGGGCCAGGAUGCUGGGUUCACUUGCCUAUUAAGCCAAGACUGAAGUCAGAGGCAGAGAAGCUGGCUGCCGCUGACGCUCACGGUACAGAGGCCUGGCUGCCCACCUGCAGGGGCAGAGGGGUCUCCCUGUUGUGAAGGUUGGAUGUUGUGUAAUGUCUUUUUAUCUGUGUAAAUCUCUCAGUGUUAACACUUAAAAAAAUUAAAUAUCAUGAUACAGA